AACACUUGUUUAUGAAUCAAAACUCAAAUCUCUGUGUUAGAGGAAAGUGUAUUUUUUUGUUGCAUUAAACCAUUUAGUUAAACGACUAUUAAGGAUUAAGUCACAACCAACAAAGGUCAGUAGUUCAAACUUUAGUAGUUUGAGGUAAAGUAAUGAAAGAUACACACCUUUUAGCUACACACUUAUUUUCAACAAAGAAGAAGUCAUGGAUAUUUGCAAUGGGAGGCGGCGAAAGAUGAGGAGCACGCGGGCCUGUCGAAGACAAGAAGCACAAAAUGCAAACGUGAAAAUGAAAAGGGACGUGAACAAAGUCCUGAGGACGCUCAAGGUAGAGUAUAACAACAACGAGGCCACCGAUGUCCCCAUGGAAGAGGACUGUUUCUCCACGAACUACUUCAAAAAUGAGAACCUGGAGCAUGCCCUUGUCAUGGCACCGCGUUAUAGUUUAUUGCGAGAGGUUGGAAGGGGCAGUUAUGGGGUAGUUUACGAGGCAAUUGCACGUAAGACUGGGGCUAGGGUAGCGGUUAAGAAGCUCCAGUGCGACGCACCUGAGAACGUAGAGCUCGCUCUAGCCGAAUUUUGGGCCUUGGCAAGCCUGGAGAAGAAGCACGAGAAUGUGGUACAGCUCGAGGAAUGUGUUCUACAAAGGAAUGGCAUGGCCCAAAAAAUGAGUCAUGGGAAUAAAAGGUCCAAGCAAUACCUGCGGCUAGUGGAGACUUCAAUCAAAGGUGAACGGGUCCUGGGCUACCCAGAGGAGCCAUGCUACCUGUGGUUCGUCAUGGAGUUCUGCGAAGGCGGCGACCUCAACCAGUUCAUCCUGUCGCGGCGACCCGACCCCCGAACCAACAGGAGCUUCAUGCGGCAGCUCACUAGCGCCGUCGCCUUCCUCCACAAGAACAACAUCGUCCACCGCGACCUCAAGCCCGACAACAUCCUCAUCUCACAGAAGUCAGGCUCUCCCGUGCUCAAAGUGGCCGACUUUGGCCUGAGCAAGGUGUGCGCCGGCCUGGGCGGAGCUGGAGGGAAGGACGGGGAGGACUGCUGUCUGGCGGGAGGAGGAGGAGGAGGCGGCAACCACAACAAAAACACCUCGGUGAACGUCAACAAGUUCUGGCUGUCGUCGGCCUGCGGAUCGGACUUCUUCAUGGCGCCAGAGGUGUGGGAGGGUCACUACACGGCCAAGGCAGACAUCUUCGCCCUGGGCAUCAUCAUCUGGGCCAUGAUCGAGAGGAUCACCUUCAUCGACGCAGAGUCCAAGCGCGAACUCCUGGGCACCUACAUCCGGCAGGGCACGGAGAUCGUGCCCGUGGGCGAGGCCCUGUUGGAGAACCCCAAGAUGGUGCUCCACAUCCCCCAGAAGACCCGGAGCUCCAUGUCGGAGGGGGUGAAGAAGUUGCUCCAGGACAUGCUGGCUGUCAACCCCCAGGACCGGCCCGAUGCCUUCCAGCUGGAGGUGCGGGUGGACCAGGUCACGUGUGCUGCGUGACCCCCCCCCUCUCUCCUUCCUCCCCCGACCCUCACCUUUACAACCCUCACCCAGCCAGAGAAGGGAGCCCGUCGUUAAACAGGUUUGUUUACCAAGUCAAUGUGAGUUCCACGUCUGUGUAGAAAUGGAAAAAGGGACGGCUUGAAUCUCUGAACUGUGAACUUUCCCCAUCACUACAGAAUGUGAAGAAAACCACACAGGAGAGUAAGUGAAGGGCUGGCCAGCCCUUCUGAAACCCCCAGGUUGACCACACACAUGUGAAAGCUAUGCAAUCACUUCAUAAGGAAUACCAGUCUCCCAUGUUUCCUUUCAUCUUAAUUUGGAUGUUGUUACUAUAAUCAUGAUCAAGCGAAUGACAUUGACCUGUUUGCAAGGUGUGACUGUGCCACAAAGUGUUCCUGGGCUUGGACACUGCAAAAGAAUCAAUGUUUGAAAUGUUUUAGGGAAAAGUCUAGUUUGAAAUGAACCUAGUCUUGGCACAAAAUAUUUUUCUUUCUUACCCCCCCAACUAUUGGUCAGCACUUAAUACAGCAAUGUUGUUCCCCUGCCCUGUUAUGUUGGCAUGUGUUGCUCUGCUUGAUGGGUGAGGGCUUAGCCUUCAGAAGAGGCUAGCAUGUUGCACUGUGUACCCACAAGACCAGACAAAAAAAAAAAGGAUCAACUUUGACCACCAAUGAAGAUAAUGGGACUGUGAAAGUGCAAUGUGAAUAUAGUGGGUAUACAGUGUCCCAUGUUCCUCCAGCUCAAAUGUUUAUUUCAUUUGUCAAAAAAGAAGCGAAACUUUCGCUGUUCCUUCCGUUACACCCUUGUGCCUUAUUUUACCCUCAUCAAAUGAAGGCGUAAACAAUUUGAUUCCAAAAUAAUGACAUUUUUUAUUCGCUUUUGUCAUGCAGUAUAUUGUUUGCCCGCUCCUAACAAGCCUAUAUCAGUUCAUAUUUUGUGCAUUUGAAGCCAAAACGUGCCCGGUUCCCAGAUGAGAUCAUGGGCAUUAGCAACUGCUUAUACCAAUAUUUUUAUUUUUUUUAUGAAUCAGAUAACUGGGUUAUUUAUCCCAGUGUGUAUCAAAAGUUAACCUUCUAUCUGAAAUAGAUUGUUAAUUUGGUUGACUACCUGUUAUGAAAAGUCUUACAUUAUACAAAAUGAUGGCGACUCUGAGCCUCUUGUAGUUUUGAUGUGGGUUUGUGUGUGACUCCUCAAAAUCAAGACAAAUUGUAAAAUAUAUUCGAGGAAUGACUUUGCAGUCUUUUGGAUUUAUAGGGAAAAUGGGAAUCUUUUAAAUUCCUUGUUAACUUUCUUAUUUACUGAUUUGAUUAUGGAUAUUGUUUUACCAAUGUGUUGUUUCAAAGGAAUUUGCUGUUAAACUGUAAAUAAUGUUAUGGUUAAUGGUAUGGGAUCAAAUGACAGUUAUGAUCGAAAUCUUCAGAUCUUUGUGAUUUAAUGGUUCUUUAAUAUCUGUUAAAGGGGUGCUUCAUUGGAGGGAUUUAGGACUGGGAAACAGUACCCUGAGCUACUCCCAAACAAGGAUGUAUCAGAAUGCAAACUCGAAACAGUUCAAUGUCAGAGCAUUAUAAGUGCCCCAAAAAAAGCACCUCUUCUCUUUUAAGGGAGCGUUUUGAAAACGCCAGAAUGUGACAAAUAUGCUUUGUAAAACGUUGUCAAGGCACCAGUUCGUUUUUCUGUCUGUGUUCUAAAGUGAGUAAGCUCAUCACACGCACCUUGCAGUCCUAGGGGGCACGGCGCCUCGCUGGCUCUCCUCUGAGCCAAGAGCCACCCGUGUCACUUCCUGUAAAGGAUCACAAACGUCAACAGCAUGAUAUGGGGUGUAUGGGACCAAUACACCGAUGCACUCUCGGAGUAGAGUACACAAAGCAGCGUCUAGAUAGUUAUUGUUUCACAAACACUACCACCCCCUAUGUUGCUACCUAAAGGAUUGUAAAGUGAAUUCUAGUUAUGAUCCCUGUUGUAAGUUCUCCCUACAAAACAACAGAUGUCUGUUCAGGUAGCAGACAGUCAGCUCCGCAGGGCGUUACAGAUAUCCUGGCAUGGGAUUGUCUAGUCAACAGGCACCAACAUGAACCGCUGGAUUAAAUGCAUGUGGAGUCUCAAGUCUGAUUCUGUAUUGGGCAUGUUGUCCACAGUCUGAUUUAGGCUCCCAAGAGCAUGGAGGGUUGAUGGUGUUUGAGGACUUGAUGACUCUUGUGCAGGAUCAAUUUUUUAGGGAGGAUACUUGCGUUUAGGCAAACUGCUCCUUAUUUAAUUGUAGGUCCAGUUUAGAAGAUUGUACUGGUUUUAGUUUAACAGUUUACAUAUAUUCAACACAGUGAUAGACACUUGGACAAGUGUGUUGAUAGUAUGGUCCUACCUCAUUUUCCUAGAAGUCUGGAAGGUUUCCUUCCUCUCGACAGUUUCACGUGAAAAUGUCAAUUUAGACUAGUUUCAGUCAGCAUUAACUGGGGUCAGAAAGCUAUUACUUUGGGGAGAAUACUUAGUUUUUUUUUUUUUUUUUUUUUUUUUACCUCUGACUAUCUUCAACCUCAACCAACUUAACUAAAACAUCUGUGAUUCUGUGGUUUUUGCGAGCUACCACUUGAUAUUUUGAAAACCUUAGCAGAAGAUUCACAGGUUAUUUAGACUGUUACUUACAACAAAACUCACCUCUCUCACUUUUCUCAGAUACCCCUGUGUUCAUGUUCAUGUUACACUUGAGUGAACCACCUUGACUCAACCUGUAUUCCUCACACUUGAGCUUCUACCUAAGGGACCAAUGACAUACCUGGAAAAAGAAACCGACCUGUGUUAAUCGAACUUUUAACCGCUUUCUCAGUGUUAAGUAUAAGAGUGCUCCAAUAACCCUUCUUUUGACCACCUGAGCUCAGUACAAAACUGUGAUCACGUGGGGUGGGAGGACCUCUCUCUACCACUUAUGAUACUGAACACGGAUUACAUAAAUGGUGAGUCAAUGUUAUCAUGGUGGCAAACUAUAAUUUGAGUUUCCUGGUGUUCCUCAGGGUCCUUUGGUACUACUCCUUGUACAGUUAACAUAAUUCCACUUGAAAACCAAGAUUUUAUCCGCUAUGCAACCCUCUGUAAUCACACCCUCUUUCUCACUUUCCAAACAUUGUGCGAGAAACCACACGCCACUUGUUGUUUUUCUGUUUGGUAUAUCCUCAAGUCUUUCAGAACCUCUGUGAAGUGUAUACAAUAAUGUGUCUUUCAUGAUGUCAUGUAAAAUACAAGCUUUUUUUGUUCAUAAAGCAGACUGGAGCCAUUAGAUGUUUUAGCAAAGCAUCGUUUUUUGUUUACUGUAAAUAUGUUUGACAACUUCUGUUUUUCUUGAAAUAAAUGAUCAAAAAUA